AACAGUGGAAAUCAUCGUUUAAAGGCUGCUGGGUACAGAACCGGUAUCUUUCUUGGACUCUUGAAGCCCGAGGAGAUGUAAACGUACCUAUGCGUAAAAAAAUCGUGGAAAAACUUUGGUGUAAUUUUGGAUUUAGGUUUUAAAGGUUCAGGACAAAAUGACCAUCGAUUCCGACACGGGACCGCCAGCGGAGCGGGCCCAAGACGCGAUCCGCUGUUUUUUCGAUGUAAGCCUCGGGGGCCUUCCGGCCGGUCGUAUAGUGUUUGAGUUGUAUCCGUCGGUCGCUCCGAAAACGUGCGAGAACUUCCGCGCUCUGUGCACCGGCGAGAAGGGGAUCGGUGUGAAGACGAACAAGCCGCUGUACUAUCGGGGUGUUAUUUUCCAUCGCGUAGUGAAGGACUUUAUGAUACAGUCGGGUGAUUUCUCGAAUGGCAACGGAACGGGAGGAGAAUCCAUCUACGGGGGAACCUUCGAGGAUGAAGCCUUCACCCUCAAGCACGAUAGGCCAUUCCUGCUCUCGAUGGCCAAUCGUGGAAAGAACACGAAUGGUUCACAGUUCUUCAUUACAACGCAACCUGCCCCUCAUCUUGACAAUGUACACGUUGUGUUUGGCCACGUUGUGUCCGGCCAGGAUCUAGUGCGACAGCUCGAACAGCUGCCGGUCGAUCGUAACUCACGACCACUACAAGAUGCGGUCAUUUCUAACUGCGGCGAGCUGAUUCGUCAGGUGAAGGAAAAAAAAGAAAAGAAAAAGAAAAAGUCAGUCGCAUCCAGUGAUGAAUCGGCCGAGGAGUCCAGCAAGAAGCGCAAAAAGGAGAAAAAGAAGAAACGCGAAAGAGAUUCUUCACCGCGCGGUCCAAAGGGAGGCGAAAGAGCAUCGGUCGAGGAUGGUGAGCUUGAAGAUGAAUUGCAUCCGAUGGCCACGGUGACGAAGAUCAAUCCUGAAGAGAUACCGGAAGUAUCGAACAAAUUUCUUAUGCGUGCCGAUAGUAAGCGUAACACGGGGACAACGGCUGGCGAGGAAGGGGAUGAUCGGAAGCAUCACCGCAGCGAGCAGCGGCCCCGCGAUCAGCAGAAGGGUUUCGGUUGGUCGAAAAAGCGUGUGCCGGUGUCUCGGAGUGGACGUAUCAUCAAAGGAAGAGGCAAUUUCCGUUACCGAACACCGUCGAGGUCGCGUAGUCGUUCGCGUAGCCAAACUCCAAUCCACUGGCGUGCAGCCCAGAAGCGGACGAUCAAGAUGACGGAUUUGGAGAAGCUCGAGGAAGAGAAGCGGCAACGUGAAACCGAGAUAAAGCGCCGCGAAUCGGAGCGAAAGAAACGUCACGAGGAACUGGCGAAAGGGGCGUCGAAGAAAUCGUUUUUCGAGCUCAAUCAGGAACAACCGGUCGAUGCAGCAGCAGAGGGCCCAGAAGCAGGAGAGUCAACUUCCUCGAACACUGGCACUGGUGAGCGAGCUGAACGUCAGCGAGCCAAAUCUAACGGAUCAGUUGAUAUGAAUGCGCUCGACUACGAAGAUCAGCCCGCGGAACAAUCUGAACCGGAAACGGAAGGGGAUGAACAAACGCCUCAGGAACAGGCAGUUGCGGUGAACAAAAGCGAAACGCUGGCCAAGGCACUCGGUGUGGAACCGAAAAAGAAAAGCAACGACUUUCCUAAGGGCUCCGACGAUCGUUCCCGGCGACAGGGUAAUGAUGGUAGGCGCGAUCGUUCACGCAGCCAUUCGGUCGAUAGAUCACGUCGUGGUGGUGGCGGCCAGGAUGAGUAUCGUGGAAGAUCGCCACCGCAAUAUUAUCGUGGUAACAACCGUCGACAACCUUACCGUGGUGGUGGUGGUGGUGAUGGUGGUCAACAGUUUAAUCGCUACAAUCCCCAGCGCCGGUUUGGCGGUGGAAGUGGUGGUAAUGUCGGUGGAUCUUACUAUUCUAGGCCACCACCAACGAUGAUGGGUCGGCCCCGUUACGGUGGUUACGAGCAACGCCAGGACCGUGAUCGGCGCCGUUCUCGCAGUCGUGAUGAUGGCAAUCGGCGUUCUCGGCGUCAGGAUCGCUCCCACAGCCGUUCGCAUAGCCCCGACCGAAGACGUAGACAUCGUCGUCGCGAUAGUAGUGGUUCAGCGGAGAGCUCUCGUGGUGCAUCGGCAGACCGGUCACGCCGUAACAGGUCCGAGACGCCCAAGGAAAGAGCUCCCCGGUCACGCCGUACGGCAUCACCUGAGAGAGGUUCCACGGCGAAGAGCGGCUCCAACUCCAACGGACGGGAGCAGGCAGAUGUGAAAGCGAAGAGUCCCGGUGCGGUGGCUACUGCGAUUGUAGCAGCGGCAACGGCGGCCGUGGCCUCGCAGCAGGCGAUGAGCGGCGUGAAGAAGGAAAGCAUUUCCGAGGAAGAAAAGGCUCGGCUGCAGAAGGAGAAAAUGUUGAAACGAGCCGAAACACUGCUGCUACUGAAGAGCCACAUGGAGAAGGAGAUCGAAGAGCAGCAGCGGAAGGCUCGCGAAAAGCAACAGCAGCAGUAUCAGCAGGCUCGCGUGAAACCCGAACGGGACGAUGCCCGUGCACUCGAUGCGGUGAUGGAUUUGGCUCAGUUAAAGCAACUCAAGAAGGAAACGAUUGACAAGCUGAACGCACAAGAGGCCGCCCAACGCAUCCUGGCAACCGUAGUGACCGGUGUCACGGGCCAUAAGAAAAAGUCCAAAUCGAGUAGCAAACGUCGCUCGUCCAGUACGUCGUCGUCCUCUUCGUCGUCCUCCUCCUCGUCCUCGUCGUCGUCGGAGGCGUCCGCUGCUAAGAAGGAGAAAAGUCGCAAGAAACGCAAAGACAAGAAGCGCAAACAGCGAAAGCACUCGUCCAGCAGCUCGUCUUAAACCGCCGCGCAAUUUCUAGUAACUAUAAUUUCGCCCACAAUGCACAGCGUGUCAUCCGUACGAACCUCUUAUCUCGUACGAUUAAUAUUUCAGUGAAAAGCGUAGUCUGUAACUGCAUUUUGUCGCUUACUUUUCACUAAUAAAGAACCUUACGAUUAUAUGA